AUGGAGGAAGAGCGAAAGCACAGGGCCAAGGAAUCAUCAUUCUCCUACUACCGGCAGAUUGAGUGUCAAUGGUCUGCAAUGAACAACCAGGAGAUACACCAAAACCUCUCCCCCGAAAGGAAUUAUUUGGUAGAUGAGGAGUAUGCAUGGAGAAAGAUAUUGGAUGGUUUGAGAAUUCAUGACUGCAUCUUUUGCCCAUUUUCCCAUGGCAUGCUUCUCUUUGGGCAUCGACAUCAGCAGUUUGCCAACCUACCAAUGACCAAUGGCACUGAUGGUGCCAUAGUAGCACCCUAUACUGUUGGUUGCCAAUGCAUUGAAAUCUCAGUUGUCUCGGGAAUCCCCGUUCACUUCGACGGAAUGUGCCACGGAACUCCGAGCUCGGCGUGGAGUCAGUUGCAAAAUCUUCCAAACAUGAAGGAGAUCUUGCUCCCGCUAUGUGCUGAGCCGCUCUGAAGGAUCCACCAGUGG